UCUUAGCGAGGGGUGAUGCAAUAUUUUAGAGAUAUAGUUACCGGUAAACACUACCAGUCCAAUUCAUGUGAAGAACAAGGAUAAAUGAUCUACGUUGACCAAGUACAAAUCCAAGAUGCCCCUGAUGACAAACGGAGACGCUCACAAUGGGAAGAUAUCAAACGGUCUCUCAGAGUCGGAAAGUCUGACAGCAAAAACCAACAAGAAUGUGAGACUGAAGAAACAGAUAAGCCUUUUUCAGGCUGUGUGUAUUAUUGUAGGAAUUAUCAUAGGCUCGGGGAUAUUUGUAUCCCCGGUAGGGAUUUUACAGAAUGUGAAAUCCGUAGGCAUGUCAUGUGUAAUGUGGACAGUGACAGGUGUGUUCUCGGCGCUUUGCGCCUUAUGUUUUGCUGAGCUAGGCGCAUGCAUUCCAAAGUCGGGAGGCGAAUACACUUAUAUUCGUGAAGCAUUCGGAGAUUUCUUUGCUUUUUUAGCCUUGUGGAUUAAUUUCAUAAUAAUUUGUCCAGUUUGUGUGGCAGCAUCCUGUCUCAUUUUCGCAACAUAUAUCCUAAAGCCAGUAUAUUCUGACUGUGAUCCACCGUUCAUUGCUGUUCGUCUCAUCGCAGCCCUUAUCAUAGCAUUGCUGAUCUCCAUCAAUUGUAUCAAUGUAAGAUGGGCUGCAAAGGUACAAGUUGGCAUUACUAUAUGUAAACUCGUCGCACUCGCCACCAUCGUCGUCAUCGGAUUCGUCUACCUAGGGAAAGGUAAGGUGGAAAACUUCAAAGAUUCCUUCGCUGAUAGCGACUAUAGUGCAGGGGCUGUUGCAAUAUCGUUUUACUCAGGAUUUUGGGCAUUUGGAGGAUGGAGCUAUCUUAACUUCCUCACCGACGAAUUGAUUGAACCACACAGAAAUUUACCACGGGCAAUCAUUAUUUCCAUGGCGAUCGUGACGUCAGUAUAUUUGGUGGCAAAUAUAGCUUACUUCGCUGUUCUCACUCCUAUGGAGAUGCUUCAAUCUACGGCAGUCGCUGUGACGUUUUCUGAAAUGACGGUUCCAGUGAUGGCAGUGGUUGUCCCUGUACUGAUAGCUAUCUCAGUAGCAGGGUCCAUGAACGGUACCAGUCUUUCUAUGUCAAGAUUAUUCUUUGUCGGUGCCAGUAAUAAUCACCUCCCCAGUAUAGUCGCCAUGAUAAAUUACAAGUUUCUGACACCAGCCCCGUCUCUGAUCACCAUUCUCGUGUUGACACUACUAAUGCAGAGUCUUGGAGAUGUCUUCUAUCUGAUUGAGAUGAUGGGCUUUAGCUUUACCACCGUACUGGCGUUCGUCUUCGCAGGUCAGAUCUACAUGAGGAUCACAAAGCCUGACAUGCCAAGACCUAUCAAGCUCCCCCUGGUGUUACCAAUUUUCCUGUUCGUUAUGAGCCUGGUGCUGUUGGUACUCACCUGUAUACAGAAACCUGGCAUCAGUUUGCUGGCCUUCUGUCUCACCAUGGUAGGGGUGCCAUGUUACGUCCUGGGCAUAUACUGGAAAUCUAAACCAGAAGUGUUCAAUAGAUUUAAUAGUAAUGUUACAUCCUUCAUACAAAAGGUACUUUUAGUUGUUCCACAAGACGAUGAAAUCGAAUGGGCGAUGAAUUAACAUUUGGAUGAAUAUUAAGUCCAGUCUGGCACCGAUUGGUUGACUUGUUUUGGAAGUGACCAAUAGGAAAAGUUAUGAAUAAGUGACGUCACUGUAUUGCACGAGUUUAAUUGUAUUGUUUGAAGUAUGAAUGAAGUUUGAAGUAUGAUUGUAAUGCAUGGUUCAGAUACGAUAAGAGUGAGUGACACAAUAGCGUGUGUGAUAUAAGUAAGAUAGAUUGUGUACGAUAGAACUAGAAUAACGCCCUCUCUCGUUCCUUCGCUUUGUAGAAAAGACACGAGACUGACACCAUUAUGUGAGCUGAUUGUCUUGAUAUGAAUCUCUGCAUCGUCAAAUGAUUUUUGAUUUAGGACAGUGUUUACUUCCAGACCACCAUUAUUUCCCACCUGGUAUAUUGCAAUACGUAUUAAAUGAACAUGACAUAUACUUAAGUAAAACAUUCCUUUAUGAUGUCAUUGUGUUCUGUUCACAUUUAAUGACAUUGUGAUGUUUACAUUAUCACAUACCUAACAUGU